GGUGAAGAGGAGUGGCAGGGAAAGCUCUCCCACUUCCAUGGAUUCCCAGAAGACCCCCGGACAGAGCGGCGUCUCUGAGCGCUGUGCUCUCAGCUCUGCUGGGAGGAUGGAACACGGACCCCCAAUCCAACCCCAAGAAGCUGGGUCAGAGAGGCCAAGGGCACCUCACACCCCCAUGGCCCAGCAGGGGUCUGGCAAGGUGUGUGAGGUGCAGCCCCUGCAGGUUCCUUCAUGCUCAGCUGAGGGUCCCUCUGCCUCAGACUUGUCACCACAGCAGGAGGAUCCCCUGAGCUGCAUCCGUGCCUGCUGUGCACACAGACCGCAGACACAGGCACAGAAGCUGAGAUUUCUGGCCUCCAUCUGUGCUGUCUGCAAAGCCUCCCUCGAGGACUGCGGUGCACAUUACCGGCUGUGUGUCUGCCCGCUAGAGGUGGCGCAGUGCAUUGAGGCGCUGCUGCAGGAGGAGCCCGCCGAGCACCUGGACACGGAGCUCCGGCAGCAGGCCAUGAGCACCAUCGCCGCCAUGAGUGGAGCAUGGCUGCUUCCAGAGGAGAAGAACGGUCUCCUGCGUGCCUGCCUCGGCAGCGUCCUCCACCUCCCUCGCUACGAGGACGACGCGGACCUGGAUGCGGCACUCUACGUGGAGACCAUGGAAGCCCUGCACCACCUGCUGCAGGUGCUGGUGAGCAGCGCUGGCCGCUUUGUCCUCGUGGAGCUGCAGAACAUCAUGGAGCUCCUGCUGCCCUUCACCACGUGCCAGCUGGCGGCCGUGGAGGAGAGGGCUGUGGUGUGCAUUGCCAGGCUGCUCGCCUUCAGCAACACCUGCGUCUUGCCUGAGCUGUGCACCUGCUUCGUUGGAACCGCGGUGUUCCAGCACAAGUGCCAGGAGAACCAACGCUUCCCCGUGCUGGGAAAGCUGGUCGGACACCUCAUCCUGUCCUGCACUUCCACGGAUGACAGGACCAGAGAUGAGGCGAUUAAUGCUGUUCAUCAGCUUUUCAUCUUCAUCGCUGCCCCAAGUGAGAGGAGUUGUGUUGGGCUAGGUCCCUCCAGAUGCCCAGACCCCUCACUGACACCGUGUGUGCUCCUGUCCAGGAAUGUGGCUGUGGCAGAAGGAUCCCAAGAAGCCACAACUUUGGGAGCGCUGGCAAGUGCUGUUCUAUGAACAGA